UGGAAGAGGUGGAAGAGGUGGAAGUGAUGGAGGAGUCGGUGGACGUUGAGCAGCGCCAGCGCGUUGUGGUGUGGUGUUUCGGUCGGUAGUGGUCGUCGGCUCGGGAUUUGCCCCCUCGCCGCCAUGCCAGUGGUUAGUGUAGUCAACCAAACAUCAUGAUGUGGCAAUACGUUAGCGCUGUCUCAAUGAAAUAAAAAAAGAAAAUAAUAAGGCAAUCCCAAUGAAAACCGCCAAGAGUGAAUAUCACACCAUACAACAAUAUCAACAAUAAAUAACGAAAUCCCCGAGUCCCAUCACUACGUCGUGACACAGUGCUGCGCGUGAUAUUUUUUUUUUUAUUAAAAAAAAUCUAAACUCCACUCGGUGAAAUUCGUGAAUUGACAAAACACCGACUGGUGUCCAAGUGCCGACUCGGUGCAGGUGUAAAUACGCAACGAUAAAAUACCAGAAAUAUCGAUAUUAUCAGCGAACAUACUGCGGAUAAUUGCCGGUGGUACAAUGUCACAUGGAGUUGUGGAUUAUUGGAACUCUUUGAGACGAUAAAAAGGGAUAAAAUCUGGUAUAUUGUGGGGUGAGAGAGUGGUUGGUGCGGGUGGGAUUCUCCUCUCCUCUCGCACCACAAGGAAUUAUCCAUUGCGACUAGACUGGGAUCAUCCUGGUUAUCGCAUCCAUCACGACACGAUGCUGGAUCCAAGUGUCCUCACAGAUCUCGAGGAAUUGACUCUGUGUGGCUACUGCAAGCUCAAGUACAACGACGACGAUCAAUGUCCAAAAUACUUGAGCUGCAAGCACUACUUCUGCUUGCGCUGCAUAGAGAACAAUUUACUCAAGGGACGUGAAUUAUUCUGCGCCCAUUGCUGGAAGAGAACUGAUCUUGGUGAGCAGGGACCCGAUGCACUACCCACAAAUUCACCCCUUUUAGCACUGGCCAAUAAUUUUUCCUACCUCAAGAGAACCAGCAAUGGUACGACACCUAAACCAGCCGAUAAAGAGAGAAAGAGCGAAAAUUGUCACACACAUGGCAUGCCCCUUGCCCUCUGGUGCACAACGUGUUGCACACCGUUGUGUCGAGCUUGCGCAACACCACAGGAUCAUCCUGGUCAUCAGAUCAAGACUCAGACAGAUGCCAAAGAACAACUUAUGUCCGACGUUCAACUGGAACUGGUAACAAUGGGCAAAUUAUCCACGGAGAUCCAGCGCCUAGCAAUGCAGCAACGUGACUUCCUGAUAAAAGUCCUGGAGGCAUGCGUUACCCUAAAAACCCACGUGGAAACAGACCUGCAGAAUGGCUGGACACACUUGCCGGAGAUAUCAGACGCACGUGAGACCUUGGGGAAGGCGAAGGCGAGUCUGCAGGUGAGUGACAGCCCCUCAGACAUCUCAACUCUGCACGCGCAGUUGGCCCUCGAGAAACAACGCCUCCAGUCAAAAUACCAGGAGAUGAUGCUGCAGUGUCAACUAGACGAUUUAAUCGGUAACUCAGGCGUGAUCUUUGACUUUGCCCUGCUUAAACAGGCACUCGCUGGAAUUCACUCGGGCGAGCAGAUCCUCCCUGGGGGAAAUGGCAGACUCCCCAACAUAACAGCAAGCCAAAAUCCAAUUCUCUUCCUGGCAAACUACUGCAUGUCCCAACUGUACUCUCGUCACAUGGUGAACAAGCAGCACCUGCAUAAUGGCUCGAUAGAUUAUCACCAAGUGAGCAUGAUGCCUCCAGGGUCGAUCCAGAUUCAUCCAGUGCCCCAGGCUCCCCAUAAUCAACUUCUCAUUCAACCUGGCUCACCCUCAUUAAAAACCGUGCCAGUACCAAACUCAAUACUUCAGCCUCAGUCUGGAUUCAUCCAAGAUACUAACUCAGGCAAUCCUCCCCUCGUCUCAGUCCUUUCUCCCACUCAAUCGAACAACAACAACAUCACUCUUCGACCCCCUCAUCCCUAUCCCAUGUACUACUUCAACAUCGAGGUGAAUGGCUCACCCCACGGUAGAAUAGUCAUCGAAGUUCGCCCAGAUGCUGCACCUAAGAUGGCUAAGAACUUCAGUGUCCUAGCCACUGGUGAAAUUGGGGUUGGCUACAAGGGCUGCUCUAUCUUUCAGUGCUGGGAGGGUGAGUCGGUCAUCACUGGAGAUUUUGAAUUGAACAAUGGAAGGGGGGGAAGGAGCAUCUUCGAGGAUGGCUACUUCAUGCCCGAUGACACCAAAUUUCCAGCUGUCAGGGGCGCUGUGGGCAUGCGACGUACCCAGAAGCGUCAUGACAAUAUGGGAAUGGUGGGCUCUCAGUUCAGAAUUAUUCUCCAGGAGAUGAGGGGCUUCACUGCUAUUUUUGGACACGUCAUCGAAGGACUGGAGUUGAUUGAGAAAAUUUCCACGUACGGCGAUCAGACUGGCAAGCCAACUAAGAACAUUUUGAUCACCAAGUGUGGAAAAUUGUAACGUUCGAUUUGUUGUUGUGAUUCAUGUUACGCUGAUGAUCUCUGUGAGCUUUUAUCGUGAGGUUUUUUCGGGGGGCAAGAUGGGUUAAUAUGAGCUAGCAUUGUUUAUGAUUCGAUGGUGGGCUUUAAGAUUUAUGGAAUGUUGAAAUCUAUUUUUAAAAAUUGAUAAUUUAUGAGAGAAGACUAUGAAGAUGCGAAUAUUUAAAACUGUAUUUUGCUAAUAACGAUGGAAUUUUGAGACGGAGUACUCCAGGAUUGUUUUAGAUGACUUGAUCGACACAAUAUGUACCUCAGAAUCGAUCGUAUAUCGAUUUCUAAACUCUUAGAUGUAUGAUAAUCGUGUUAUUCGAGUUUAUAUAUUUUUGUUUGAGUGCUAAACGAAGAUCACUGGAUUGAUUUUUACGAAUGGAGAAGCAAGUUAGAGAAUUUUGAAGAUGUUUUGUGAGAUUCAACAAUUGAGAG